AUGCCCCGUCUCGUCCGACGCACGCCUUUGCUGGAACGAAUCAAAGCCAACCUUGAUUUUUACGACCUGUUUCUGUGGCUGUGGGAAGAGUUGAAUGACGACGCAUACGAUGAGUGGAUAAGGUUAUGGGCGACUCCCGCUGGAAUCGCUCUAAAUCUCGUCUUCAUUGCUGCUCGAGGCGCCAGCCGGCCUGGCGAAGGAAGUGGCAUGGAUGAUGUGUUUGGCGAUGUGGACGAACGGAAAGGGAGUGGGUGGAUUGCUUGGUUUGCUACGUUCAUCGUUCACUCUCUUUCGAUCAUAUGUUGCCUGAAUGCAUACUAUACCUUCACACGGAGACGACAUUACCGUCUAUUUGAACAAAACGUCGACGUUGCGCCUCCAACACCAUCGGCGCAUCGAGUCCGAGUAGACAGCUCUCCUGUUACAUCUUCGCCACUGCGGUACUUCCAGAACGUAAUCGCUUCAACUCGCGCGGCUUCGCGAGCUCAUGCCGAUCCCGAGCGCGAAGUCUGGGAGCUGCGCAUUUGGGACCCCAAGCCGAUCUGCUUGACGAUCUUCACACUCUUUUCACCAGGUCACUUACUACUUUACUACACCAUGCUUCCUACUGCAACCCUGGAUCCACGACCAUCUUUGACAAUCGUCAAAGCUAUGUUUUUCGGUGUGCUCCUCUCCUUCCAAUUGGGAUUGAUGAAGACGAACUUUAGCCAACAGGCAAAGGAUACAACUCUGCUGCAGAGUCAGGUCAUGAACGAGUACGAUGUCAAAUUCGUCCGUCCAGCGCUGAACCACACAGUGCGCGAUGUCGGAUGCCAAACUCGUGAGAGUGCAACUUCACCUCGAGGACAUCGCACUCGCGAGGUGGAUAUAUACAUGCCCACCACCAUCAUCAAACGCGCCUUUACCACCAAUCCGAACUCUAACUAUGCGCGACACUAUGACCCGGACAAUUUAUUGGGAAUUUCUGUUCAGCAACAUCACACUCGCACUUCAGGCAACAGCCUCACUCCUCCUUCGAUCCUGAAAACACCUGCAGCCAGUGGCUACUCGCACGCAGAGACACAAUCGGCAUAUUCGACACACAGCAACGCUGGGGCGGAUUUUUCAUCACCGCUCAAAGCACAUCAUGAGAAGUUGAGGGAACGUGUUCCGGCAAGAGGAGAUGGUGGAAGCCUGGGCGUAUAUACUCACCCUGCGAGUCCAUUAAAGAGAACGGUUGGCAGUUCUCAAGCAAGGGUUGCUGGACGCACAAGUACGCCGGGAGAAGGACGCAGUAGCUUUGCUGAUGGCGUGAGACGGCGAGAUACGGGACGUUACUGA